GAGCACGACGCAUGGAUCUUGAAAUAUUGCAGGACUUCAAAUUCAAAAUGUGUUUGAUGUUAUACUUUAUUCUUUGCUCGUCUCCCACCAUCACUCUCGCCCUCGCUCCUUCCUCCCCGGCUCUCCCACCUCCUCCUCCUCCCUCCCGGUGGAAGGGGAGACGUUAACAGCCACACAUCACUCGCCGUCAGCCAUGUUGUUGGUCUGACACACGGAGCUGUCAGCAACAGGUCCUCGGACCAGCAGCGCCGCGAAACUUCAGCAUUUCUCCAGCGUUUACUCCUCUUUUCGGAUACUAAACCUUCACGGUGGGUCUGGAGAACCUCCCGGAAGUGUCGGGUUGUAAGUUUAGAGCCCAGUAAAGUUCAGACGCGGUGGUUUUGUAUGGGCCGUGGUCACAGAGAUGGCUGCGAGCAGUAGCUGAGAUCGCCACCGGGAGUUCCCCCUCUGUCUCUGCCACCUGCAAAAAUGAAUGGUGGUCCAAGCAUAUGGGCAGUCACUCCUGGGGAGAGGGACAAACAUGAUCAGAAGUUUGACACCCUCUCCCCAACAAUGGGCUACGUCUCAGGGGAGCAGGCAAGGAAGUUUUUCCUCCAGUCAGGGCUACCUUCUUCAGUUUUGGCCGAGAUAUGGUCUUUGGCUGAUAUGAACAAAGAUGGAAAGAUGGACAGGUUGGAGUUUUCCAUCGCUAUGAAGCUCGUAAAGCUAAAACUCCAGGGUACGCCGCUCCCCUCAGCACUGCCAACCAUCAUGAAGCAGCCCCCAUUGCCUGUUCUCAGCCUCCAUAACCCCUCCUCAUCCAUGACCAACCCCGCCUAUGGUAUUGGUUCUUUGUCGAACAUGUCCAUGAUGCCUGGGACAAACCUUAGCAUGUUAAUCCCUCUCUCCUUGGCAACCCCUGGACUCUCACCUUUGACACCAAUGACAGGCCUCACCCCUUUGGUUCCUAUGGCAACAGGCCUGAGCCCUCUCAUAGCCUCCACCAACACCAGACCCAUGGGAAAUGUCACACUGCCAAAUGGCACCAUGGGAAUUCUCCAUCCUAUGCCAACUGGACCUUUGGCAACUGGUCUUCCUCUAUCUGUGUCCAACUACUCCUCUCCACUAGGAAUGUCCUCUUCUCCUGCUGGUAUAUACAAGGCCUCAUCAAUGCUGGACCUGGGAUCUAGCAGCUCCGCUUCCUCAUCCCCCUCUGUGAUGUCACCUAUGGUUGCUGGUCCCAGUGACUGGGCCGUGCCACAUGCCUCUAGACUUAAAUACAGACAGCAGUUCAACGGUCUGGAUAAACAGAUGACUGGACACCUCACUGGUCAGCAGGUGAGAGGUGCCAUGGCAACCACGAUGCUGACUCAGACACAGCUGGCCUCCAUCUGGACUUUAGCAGAUGUGGAUAAGGAUGGCAAGCUGAAGGCUGAGGAGUUUAUUCUGGCAAUGCAUCUGGUUGACAUGGCAAAGACCGGCCUACCACUGCCGCUCAUACUACCAAUUGAGCUGGUGCCACCCUCACAGAGGGGUGCAGUGAAUGGAUCCAGCUCUUCUCUCUAUGCAGCUCUGACUGAUGAUUUCGACAUCGAACCUCCACAGAAAGUCAAGAGCAACCUGUCAUUUGAGGAUAGAUUCAAAGCCAACCAGGAGCGAGGGAACGCGGAACUGGAGAAAAGACGACUGGCGUUGCAGGAAGCCGAGAGGAGGGAGCUUGAGCGGCGUGCUCAAAAGGAGAGAGAGGAGCGAGAAAAGAGAGAGCGGGAAGCCUGGGAGGCAGAGGAGAGGAGGCGGAAAGAAGAGGAGAGAAGGUUGGAGCGACAGAGGGAGCUCGAGAGGCAGAAAGAAGAAGAGCGACAGAGGGAGAUAGAAAGAAAGGAGGCUGCACAGCGGGAGCUUGAGCGCCAGAGGAAGGAGGAGUGGGAGAGAAGGAGGCGAGGAGAGCUCCAGAUAAAGAAGCAGCAGGAGCAGGAUGAUAUCAUCAGACUGAAAGCUAAGAAGAGGAGUCUGGAGAUGGAGCUGGAGGCUGUGGGUAACAAGCAUCGUCAGAUCUCAGACCGGCUGCGUGACAUUCAUAAUAAGAAGAAGCUUCAGAGGACGGAGCUGGAUCUCACCAGUCAAAGGAAAGAGUCACGCCAACAGGACAUUAACAGCAUACACAAACAGCUAGAGGAGUUCCAGAGGAAGUUGUCCCAGCUGACUCCGGAGCAGAAGAGACUCAAAGAGAAACUCAAAAACAUGACUCUGAAUAACCUGCCUGUGUCAUCCAUGUCCACCAUGAAGGUGAGCGUUUCGGAGAAAAAAGGGACGUGUAUGAAACUGCGAGAUCAUCUGCAAACUCUGGAGAAAGAGACUGCUGCCAAACUGGCUGAGAUGGACCAUUAUAAUAAAGAUAUGCAGUAUGUGGGAUCUGAGGACUCUAUGCUUCAGGCUGUCUUCUGUCUGCUGGCCUGCCUCCGUAACCUCUUCUACCUACUAAAGGAACUGAGAGAAAGCCAGAGGAAGCAGCAGGUAGCAUUAGAGAAACUACGGAGCGUCAAAGAGGACAAACAACGUGAGCUGAUUCGAAGGAAGGAGCAGGAAGAGGAGAGGAAACGACAGGAGGAGGAGAGUAGGCGGAGGGAGGAGGAGGAAGCUCAAAGACGUAUUAAGAUGGAAAAGGAGCGUCAGUGGCAGGAGAAGCUGAAGAUGGAUGAAGAGGAGCGUCAGAGGAGACUCCGGGAGGAGAAAGAGGCCAAACAGAGGGAGGAGGAGGAGAGGGAGAGACAGGCGUUGAUCAGAGCUGCAAAAGACCAGGCCGAGCGGGAGUUCAGAGCAAAAGAGGAGGCAGAGCGCAAGAGACGAGAGGAGGAGAGAAGGAAAAGAGAAGAUGAGGAGAGGAAGAAAAAAGAAGAGGAGGAGCGUCAGAGGCAGGUGGAGAGACAGAGGCAGGAGGAGGAGAGGAGAAAGUUGGAGGAGGAAAGGAGAAAGCUAGAGGAAGAAAGGAGGAAACUGGAGGAAGAGCGGAGAAAAGAGGAGAAAAGAAGGAAGGAUGAGGAGGAGCGGAAGAGGUUAGAGGCGGAAAGGAGAGAUGAGGAAUGCAGGAGGGAGAGGGAGGAGGAGGAGAGGAGGAGUAAGAGGGCGGCUGAGGCCGCUGUCCGAGAUGCAGAGGAGAGGAAAAAGCACGAUGAGGAGGAGAGAAAGAGGAGAGAGGAGGAGGACAGGCGAAAGAGGGAUGAAGAGAGGAGAAGGCUUCAGCAGGAGCAGCAGGAGGAGGAGAGGAGGAGGCGUGAGGAGGAAAGAAAGAAGGGGGAAGAGGAGAGGAGUAGAAAGAAGGAGGAAGAGGAAAGGAGGAAAGCCGAGGAGGAGAGAAAGAGGAAGGAGGAGGCAUCUCGUCAGCAGCAGCAGCCGAGUGUAGUAGGGAAGCUGGAUAUUCAGGAGAAACUGACAAAUCUGCUGAGAGGACUGGAGGAGAGGAAAGGUGGACAACCCAGGGCCACACAUCACAGGAAAUCAGCUGCUCUCACUUCCUUCAAAGCGCUUUUUCCGUUCACUGCACGAAACAACGAAGAGCUCAGCUUCAAUGCAGAUGAUAUCAUUGAGGUUGAUGAGACGACAGAGCGGGAGGAGGGUUGGCUGUAUGGCAGCAAACUAGGGAAGAUGGGUUGGUUCCCAGAGAGCUACGUUGAGAGAGGGACCCCAUCAAACACUUCUAAUAAUACUGUUGCUUCUGCUGCUGCUGCUGCUGCUGCUGUUCCAACUAAAGUGCCGCUCCAGUCACAGCUUUCCAAUGUGCUUGAGGCUGCCAAAGCAGCAGGCACCAAGUCUGCCUUCACACCAACACACUCUCCAAACCUUGCACCCUUGGAGACACAAGGACAGCUGGUGGUAGGAAACCUGCUCGCCCAGGCCCUGUGUUCGUGGACAGCAAAGACAGACAGCCAUCUGAACUUCAACAAGGACGAUGUCAUUCAGGUGCUGGAGCAGCAGGAGAACUGGUGGCUGGGAGAGCUGAACAGUGAAAGGGGCUGGUUCCCGAAGACAUACGUGACACUGCUGGGAGAAGAGGAGAGUUCAGACCUGAAGAGUUCCCCUCCUGAUGUUUCAGAGUCCAGUGACGGUCUGCAGCCUGAAGAAUAUUUGGCGUUGUAUACCUAUGAGUCUCCGGAGCCCGGUGAUUUAACGUUCAAAGAAGGGGACAUGAUCUUGGUGAGCAAGAGGGACGGAGAGUGGUGGAGCGGCUCGAUAGGCGACCGCACAGGCGUGUUCCCCAGCAACUAUGUCAAACCCAAAGAGACAGAUACAUCGAGCAUAUCUGGAAAGAAGAAGCAAGAGAUUGGCCAAGUGAUCAAGGCCCACCCCUCUACUGGCCCUGAGCAGCUAAAUCUGGAAAACGGCCAGCUCGUCCUCGUCCUUGGAAAGAACACGACUGGCUGGUGGCUUGGAGAGCUACAGGCCCGUGGUAAAAAGAGACAGAAGGGCUGGUUCCCUUCUUCUCACAUCAAAAUAUUGGGAUCCAACAGUGGAAAGUCCACACCAGCACCCCAGCCAGUCUGUCAGGUGAUUGCCAUAUAUGACUACACCGCCGCCAACGGGGACGAAAUGAGCUUCUCUAAAAGUCAACUGAUCAACGUCAUGGACAAGAGCAACCCUGAUUGGUGGAAAGGAGAGAUCAACGGGGUCACUGGCCUGUUCCCCACCAAUUACGUUAAGAUGACCACGGCGGACUGCGACCCCAGCCAGCAGUGGUGUGCAGACCUGAACAGCCUGGACUCAAUGAGCCCUCAGGAGAAGAAGAGACAGGGUUACAUCCACGAGCUGAUACAGACCGAGGAGAGAUACAUGGAGGACUUGAAUAUAGUGCUGGAGGUUUUCCAAAGGCCUAUGUCAGAGUCAGGCCGGGUAAAUGAUGCAGAGAUGUCCAUGAUCUUUGUCAACUGGAAAGAACUGCUGGCCUGCAACACCAAACUUCUCAAGGCUCUGCGCGUCCGUAAGAAGACGGGUGGGGACAACAUGCCGGUGCAGAUGAUUGGAGAUAUACUGGCUGCGGAGCUGUCCCACAUGCAGCCUUACAUCCGUUUCUGCUCCUGCCAAAUCAACGGAGCCACGCUGCUCCAGAAUCGCACCGACAACGAGCCGGACUUCAAGACCUUCCUCAAGAAAAUCGCCACAGACUACAGGUGUAAGGGAAUGCCGCUGUCCAGCUUCCUGCUGAAACCCAUGCAGAGGAUCACACGCUACCCACUGCACAUCAAAAGUAUCCUGGAGUCCACUGCAGAGGGCCAUGCUGAUCGAGAUCCUCUGAGAGAGGCUCUGGAGCGAGCGGAGGAACUCUGUCAACAGGUGAACGAGGGCGUUCGAGAGAAGGAGAACUCUGACAGACUGGAAUGGAUUCAGACCCACGUACAAUGUGAUGGUGCUGCAGAGAACCUGGUCUUUAACUCUCUUACCAACUGUUUAGGCCCCAGGAAGUUACUCCACAGUGGUAAGAUGUUUAAGGCAAAGAGCAACAAGGAGCUGUGGUCUUUCCUCUUCAAAGACUUCCUGCUACUGACGUAUGCAGCGAAACAGUUCACCUCUUCUGGGCCCGAUAAACUGUUCAGCAACAAGAACAAUGCACAGCUCAAGAUGUACAAACCGCCUGUGCUGUUAAAUGAAGUUCUGGUGAAGCUUCCUGAUCCUUCCAGUGACGAGCCCAUUUUCCACAUCUCACACAUUGAUAGAGUCUACAUCCUCAGGACUGACAACAUCAAUGAACGGACGGCGUGGGUUCAGAAGAUCAAGGCUGCGUCUGAAGAGUUUAUUGACACGGAAAAGAGAAAAAGGGAAAAAGCUUAUCAAGCUCGGUCUGUGAAGACAAGUGGAAUUGGCAGACUCCUCGUGACCAUCUUAGAAGCCACUGAGCUCAAGGCGGGAAAACCAAGCGGUAAAAGUAACCCUUACUGUGAAGUGACCAUGGGAGCUCAGAUCUUCACGUCGAGGACACUGAACGACACGCUGAACCCCAAGUGGAACUUCAACUGUCAGUUUCACAUCAGAGAUAUUUACCAGGACGUCCUCUGCAUCACCGUCUUUGAAAGAGACCAGUUUUCACCUGAUGUUUUCCUGGGUCGGACCGAGGUUCCCGUAGCAACCAUUAAAAAGGAGUUGGAGAACAAGGGACCAGUGACGCGACGUCUUCUGCUGCACGAGGUUCCCACAGGGGAAGUGUGGGUCCGCCUCGACCUGCAGCUCUUCAGCGGCAAAUAGUCAUGUAGACUGAACUGAAAUAAGAAACCACGUCUUCUAUCAAGACAUCCAAAUGAGGAUAAAAUACCAAAAUAAGAAAAAGCUGCUUUUUGUCACAUACACAAAGUCUGAUGGUUCCUGCAUCGACCAACACACCCCUGAAAACUGUGUUUCACACAGAGGCCUUAAUAUUUGAAUAUCAACCAGCACUAAUGAUAAUAAUAAUACCUCUUCUUAUGUUGUCUGAAUCUUCCAAUAGGAAUUAGAGCUGUAUAAUUAUCGUCUAAUGAUGACGUCAGAUGGAAAGGGAAGCUCAGUCAGUGCAGGAGUUUGCUCCUUUAUGAUAUUUACACUUAAAAAGAACUAAAGCCUGUUUUCUCAGACAGUGGAGACAGUUUGUCAUGAAGCUUGUUCUUGGUCCUCGACUGUAAUGAUCUAUAAUAUCAGAGGAAGUUAAAGAGCAGUUAACAAAGCAAUAAAACCAUAAAUAUAAAGGUUUUCUCUAGAAUCACCCAGCUCGAUUUUGAAUUGUUCAGUCACUGACACACAGUUUACCAAUUUCGUUCAGUGGAAGUUAAAGUAGCUAGUGUUUCUCUUGACUUUCAGGAUAUGUAUUAGUCGAAGAUGAACAGAUUGUGACUGGCUUCCAUGACAACACUUUUUAUCAUCACUGACUGUAAGCUGUCUGGUCUCAGUGGCAUUAAGGGCAUCAUCACCAGCAGAUGGCAGCAUAGAAAUACAUUGGACAAAGUGACAAUGAAGAUGUUUGUCAGUGGCUCUGAUCUGGAGUCAGUUUACCACUGUAGACAGAAGAUCUCAGGAUGUGUUGUUCUGGGAUGAGUCACUGUAACCAUUAAUCUUUGUCUUUAGUGUGUAUGUGUGUAUUUGUGUGUGUGUGUGGUGUAAAAGCAUAGAGAUGCUUAACAAAUGGCUAAGGGCUCUUGACAUGCUGCAGCUUUUGGAGUUGAUUUUUAACUUCGGGCCUUUUGUCAUAUUUGAACUAAAAUCUUUUAAUCUCACUGGGAUGAUCAUCUGUUUUGGAUAGACGUCUUUUUCUCAGCUUUUUCUUCAGCUAAGGCCAAAUAAUUUAUCCAAGUGUGUGUAAAGUAAUCUAGGUGGAGAAAAUGAGGGAGGAAUAAAAAGCUGUCAUGAUUUUGUUUCACCUCGAACUCCUCCACCUCUUCUUGCUUUACUCUUCUGUGUAGAGGAUUUUAGGGAUGUCUGUGUUUUGAGGUGACACAGAUUGGCGGAUUAUGUUUAUCAGCACUAAUGAACAGUAUUUGCUCUCUUGUAUUUUCGUUAUUUACAUUUUGACCCUGCUAGAUUCACUCUCCACUCUCGACACUGCAGAAACAUCCACCAUUAAAACCAUACAAGGAUAUGAUGUGUAGAAGCUGUAUAAUUAUGUUGUAGGUUGACUUUUUUUGGUGUCUUCUGCUUUCUUUUUGCUCUCUUGCUCUCAUCCUGUUUAUUUUCCCACUCUGAGCGCCUGCUGGUGCUCUGAAUAUUAACGAGAAAGUGUCGUAUUUAUUUCUUAAUUUAUGCAUGUGUGACUAUACAAAGGUUUGGAGCAGCUCUGCGUGCUGUGUCAUCUUGGACCAGUUGGUAUCCACCGGGUUUGUUUUGAUCAGGUGUGACAGCAGAUAUUAAAAAUGUCUUCAUCUUCAUCUGCGGUUGAGUUUUACUGUAAGUAGACUAGGUCACUAGUCUUUUUGUUAGCCCUGCUGUUUCCUGCUCUCAUUCUGUUCAUUUGUCUUAUUCAAUCAACAAAUCUGUUUUUUAAUCUUGAAUUGAUGUUGAUAUUUUCUGUUUGAGGAUUAUGUGCAAAGAGACUGGUCUACCUUCUUAGUGUGUGUAGGGGUGUUUUAAGUUUGUCUUUGCUUUUUAUUUUCCUGAGUUUAUGGCCUGUCGAACUCAGACUGGAGUCUGUAACCUGCUGUUUGUACUCACUUUGGCCUCUUUGUGGCACUCUCUCUAUUCAGGGUUUCUUAAGUCAAAUUAAAGGCAUUAAAAGUGAA